CAUAAAAAAAUAAAUUAAUAACCCCCCUUCCGCGUGCACCGGUGUAUGCGGGCAGGGAUGCGCGGCCCCAGACUCUCCGCGCCGUAGUAAUUUGCAAGGGGCGGUGCAGGGAUGGGGGGGCAAGGGGAGGUGUCCCGCCCCCCCGAUCACAUGGCGACCCCGCGCAGCCAAUGCGGGGGGCUCUAGGACCCCGGGGACCCGCGGCUCCCCCGCCCUAUAAAUGCCUCUCCAAAAUGCAGCGGGGCUCCUUCCUCUCGUCCCGCCCGGCCGCGCUGCUCUGCGCCCCGCUGCCCGCGGGUCUCCGUGCCGGCUCCGCGCCCCGCUCCUUCCCCCUCCCCUUUUUCUUUUUUUUUUUUUUUUUUUUUUUUUUUUAAUCUUAUCUUUUUGUUAAUUUUCUGAUACCUCCCCUCCCGUUUUUCUCCUCGCCCCCUCCCCGCGGCCGGUUUGCAUGCAUUGUCUGUCUCCCAAGAUGGUUUGUGAGACCAAGAUUGUGGCGGAAGAUCAUGAAUCAAUCCCGGGAUCCAAAAAAGACACGAUCAUUGUUUCCUCCUCCCAGAUGUGGCCCUCUUUGGCGGGCUCCCCUCCCUCACCCCCACCUCCCCUCACCCCACCAAAAGAAGACCCCAGGCGCGACAAUGUCUAUAUCCGCGAAUUCCACCCCUCUGAACAGGAGGUGGUGCGCCGCAUCUUUUACGAGGGGAUCAUGGAGCGAAUCCCCAACACGGCGUUCAGGGGGCUGAAGCAGCAGCCCCUCACUCAGCUGCUCUACGGGCUGCUGGCGGUAAUGUGCUUUGUUGUGACCAAGUCCUUCCUGCUGACCUGCUGUUUGCCCAUCUUUCUGAUGGGCAUGAGGUACUACUUCAGUAGAAAAGUUAUCCUGCACUAUCUCGAUUGUGCGCUGCACACGGACAUGUCCGAUAUUGAGCAAUAUUACAUGAAACCGCCAGGCUCCUGCUUCUGGGUUGCCGUCCUGGACGGCAACGUGGUGGGGAUUGUGGCAGCGCGGGGCAACGAGGAAGACAACACGGUGGAGCUUCGCCGCAUGUCCGUUGACUCCAACUACCGCGGCAAAGGCAUCGCCAAGGCCCUGGGCCGCAAAGUGCUGGAGUUUGCCAUGCUCAACAACUACUCCUCCGUCGUGCUGGGAACCACGGCUGUGAAGAUGGCAGCCCACAAGCUCUAUGAGUCCUUGGGGUUCAAGCACGUGGGUGUCGUUGAACAUUAUGCCCUGCCAGGGAUGACACGCUCCUUACUGGAGAGAAUGUUUUUCCAAGUCCGCUACCACCGCUACCGCCUGCAGCUGCGGGAAGAAUAAAAAAAAGCCCCCGCCAACCAAAACAAAACAAAAAAUAAAUCCCCCCUUCCUCCCCCUUCGAAAAUAAUA